AUGUCCGACAAGAACAAAAAGCCACUGAAGGGCCGCGUUUUCCAGUGCACGGGCUUCCCCAACUGCAGCAAGUCCUUCACGCGCUCCGAACACUUGGCGCGCCACCGCCGCAAACACACGGGCGAGCGGCCCUUCACCUGCCCGCACUGCUCGAAAAACUUCUCGCGCCUCGACAACCUCCGCCAGCACAAACAGACGGUCCACGCCUACGAAAACUACAUCAAGCACCGCCUGCCCGACUCCGCGGCCAUGCGCCUGCCCGACUUUGCGCCCGACUUUGCCGCCGCCCAACGCGACCGUGCGCCCUUCUCCGUCUACUACCCAUGGCCCUACCUAGCGCCGCACCUGGCGCCCAUCCCGCCGUCGACGCCCGGCGCGCCGCCGCAAGCCUCGCCUGCUGCCGUUCGCGCGCCCACGCCGCCGGCGCUGACCGAGGCGUUGCGCGAGCCGCCCAAAUUCAACCCCAAGUUGCGGCCGCGGCCCUUGGCGCUAACGCACUCGUUCCAGGACGACAGCGCGCUCGCGCCGCCGCGCAUGGCGGCCCACAUCGACCCGCCCUUGAAAACGGCGCCGCCCGCAGCAGGCUUUGCCGCCCUGUACAAGUCCGACCUGUACUACCGGCCCGUCGGGUCGCUUCUCCUGUAUCCGUGCCUGAUGACGGUGCUGCCGUUGUCGCCGCUUUUCCACCAGUCGUUCAACCAGGUGGCGCCGCCGCCCGCAUCCAGUGGCGCCGCCCGCGGCGCGCGCGACCUGCUUGUGCUUCCUCAGCCGCAGGCGCGCGACGCCGACCGCGGCAAUUGGCUCGCCCGCAUGCUCAACGAGCCGUCGCGCAAGCCCACCAUCGACAGCCUAGUGGACGAGGAAGACGACAAGGCGAGCCAGACGGUGUAG